AUGACUUGCAGCUACGUUUAUCUUCGCUAUGGGGGGUUAUUGUUUGCUUUGGGUAGCCUCUCCAUUGAACAUUCGUGUGAAGCUCUCCAAAUCAGUCUAGUAGUUGUCCUCCAGGUCGAAGAGGCCAUCGUGUUAGGAACUCCAGGCUGUUUCACAUUUGCACCAAUAUCACCUUACUCGUGGCCAGAUCCGCUCAAUGUUGCACUCUCCUUGGCGUAUGAAGUCACCUUGAUUGUGAUGGUCAUUUACCGUUCCUAUUGGCAACUAAGAGACCAUCAAAAGCAUAGUGCUCUAUUGGGUGUCAAGUCUAUAACAAGUUUAAUCUCUAGGCAUGGGUUGCUAUAUUUUCUUUUCAUGAUCUUAUACGGCAUUUCGGACACCAUCAAUGUGGCACGCCUGAAUAGUUCCCCUUUGGGAUUAUCUUCGACUACGGAGAGUAUGGUUACCAGUAUGUUGGGGCCAUGGUUCAUCAUUUCUAUACGCGAGCCAGAUGUUAUAAGGCAAGGGUCGGAUUCUGGUCUCUCUAGAGAUGCAAUGAGCUCUGUUGCCUUCAGAAGGUCAUCUGACACACCGGGGUAUGAAGGAGCUGGAAUUCAAGAGAUGCACGAGUAA